GUAUAUUGGAGUUGCCAUUGCAUACAGAAUCCACUUUAAGAUCUUUCUCAAAGUUCACUCAUAACUGGCCUAAAGUUCAGUCCACCUCAGUUAAUGUUUACACACUCUUCCACUUUCUUUCUGCUCAGCCGCAUCUGCUAAACCAAAGGCAUUUUUCUUCUUUGUCUACAUGAAAUAUAUCUGGAAACGAAGAAUGGAUAUUAGUUCACGAGCAAUUUUGCUGUAAACAGUGCCUAGAGGAUUGCUAGCUAAUUCUACUCUGAAAAAAGGAAGGCUGGCGAUGUAACUCAGUUUUGUGAUUUAUAAAGACUGAUAAAUACAGAACCGAUGGCAAUCGAAAAGGUGACGGAUAUUCCCUCUGAUAAUGUAUAUGCUUAUGCAUUAUCAAAAACCCUCACCAAAGUCUCUUCUCCGGUGACGGUGGGUUUGUAUUCAGAAUGUCACAACAGGAUCAACAUGGUGCUCAAGAACAUUGAGGUUCAUAUGAAUCAAGAGGGCAAAAGAAGGGAAGAGAAAUACACCAAAGAACCAAAGCCUCGCUCAGUUAAACCCUCCAUCUCUAACCUCAUCUCUGUGAUCUUCCGGCUCCUCUUCUGUCGGCCUGUGUGGACGGAACAGAACCAGAACAUGAAGAACGUUCGCUAUAUUUUUGUCAGGUUCAGUGCAUGGCAUUUUGCAGGAAGUGACCUGCUUUGGGCUGGACUGGUAAUGCAGUUGAGCAAAGCUCUUCAGCACAGCUUUGGAAAGCUCCAGUUGGCUCUUUUCCGGAUAGCCCAAUAUGAUGAAGAGGAAGAUGCAAAGAAGAAGAUGAUCGAGGAUAUUCCAAAGAACUGGAGAUCCAAAAAGUUGGGAUGCAUUCCCAUUUGGGCACUAAUACUAAUGAUAAUCAUUGCAUCGCUCCUUAUUUUGGUUCCCCUCAUCAUAUUUGGAUUUUCAUAUCUGAAGGGCGACCAACAAAAUGAGGAAUCAAGCAGUUAUGGUGUGAUUGAAGGUUUUGCCAUCACUGCACUUGGUGUUCCUGCUGUAGGAGCUCUACGAUUUAUAAUAUUACUGUUGAAGAACCUAAUUCUCAACCAGGAUCUGAAAAUUAGACAAGGACUGGACAACAAGAAGGUAAGUGAGCAGCUGGGACUAAUGCAUGAAGUUCGGAAGGAGAUGAGGCUUCUGUGCUGCUUCAUUUUCUUUAUGGAGAUCUUUGAAAGAAGGAGGAUCAGGGUAGUGCUGGAGAUCACCAACUUGGACCGCUGUACGCCAAAGAAAAUUGUAGGGGUUUUGGACGCCAUUAACAUCCUCCUAUCUGAUGACGAGAGCCCCUUCAUUUCUGUGCUUGCUGUUGAUCCGGAAGUUCUUGUUAGGCAGGUCCAACAGGCAGAAGAUUGCUUAAGGAAGAGAAACACUGCAUACGACUUUCUAGACCGUAUAAUCACAUUGCCUUUCACUGUACCUCCGCUUUCAGAUUCAUCAAAGUCAAGUGUCUUUGAAAACAUUGUUCGUGGUCAAUCAGAGAUCCCUGAAGAGAUUCCUCUUGAGACUGGAGCAUCUACUUUUAAAGGUCCUGGGACAUCAUUUUCUGUUGAAGAUGAGUAUUCUGUAAGGUUCGAUGAGACUAAAGAAGAACAAGAGAUUCCUUUAAUUGGAAAAAAAGCAAACAAUGAAACAUUUGCUGUAGCAGAACUUAAUCUAGAAGACGUAGACAGGUUUAUCGAAUCUGCAUUUACCUUCAUAUUUUCAAGAGAUACAAGCAAACUUAAUAAAUAUUUGUCUGGAGACACUAUGUCCAUGAGACGAGUGAUCAACUCCAUUAGAGUAACUAUCAUGAUCAUGGAGAUCCGAAAAUUGGAGCCUCCACAUCCUGAGAAAAUUGCAGCAUGGAUUGUUUUGUUGGAUCGCUGGCCUUGCAGAGUGAGUUGGAUUCUUCAAUGCGUUGAAGAUGACCAACAGAGUUAUGAAAUAGAUGAUUCAUCCUGUGCUGCCGAUGCUACCAAGACAAUAUGGGAAGUGUUCAAUUACAACAGUCUGGAGCUCUGCAUGAUUGAACAUGCAGUGGAGAACUUUCUGGAAAGAGAUGGGGACCCUGAGCUUUUUGAGAUUUUCCUUAGGAAAGACUUCAAGUUCACUGUUAGGGAGCUGGAAAUGUUUAAGCUCUGCACAGUGAACCUAAACUACUCCAUCAAGAAGGAGUUGGCCAGGGUCCGUGGGAGACGCAGACUGAGGAGAGCAGGGAGAAAUGCUUUCCAAUCCAUCUCAUCACGAACUCUAAUGAACAUGAACCCCGAAGAUAUCUGUCAAGAGAUGACAAAACUAAGCCUCCCAGAGAAAUACCUCGAAACGGUAAGGACAAAUUUCAUAGAUGGCAGAACAAUCCUCUUCGGUGACCCCAAAGACCUCAGGCAAGUCCUGCAAAUGACUCUGGGUGAAUGGAUGACUUUUAAAUUUCAUUUCCUUGGGGUCACACCUUCUAGUCGACCGGCUCAACCACAAAGUCAUCUAGCCGCCACAAACCCUGGAGUGGUCAUAUGCCCAUCUGGCCAUGGCCGGUAAGCAGGAUAACUGACCUUGAGGUUUGCAUCGUUGCAUUUUCCUCAUGUGUAUGCUUUCAGUGGACUAUGAUUGUUUCAGGAAACAAUACUGCAUCCCUACAUAAAUAUAAUUCCCUUACGGCAGAGCGAAAAAACAAGACUGUAAAUGUACACCAGUGAAUCAGACUGCUCAACAAAAGUGCUACUUGAAAACAGCUUUGUUAUUCAGAAAAAUCUUUUAGCAUUCAAACAGAUCAAAUUUGUUAGAUGCAUUAUUUAUAAUGGGAACAAGACAUUUCAUUUCUUUUAAGCAUUAGGAAGAUUUUCAAAUGGUUCUUAAUGAAACUGAACAUCAUUUCUGCAUGAAUAAAAGCAACCAGUUUA